CCUUCAAAGUCGAGCUCAAAAACCACCUCCUACGUGAGGGAAAUGUCUUCUGAUCUUUCCAGCUGCUCGUGUUCCCCCAGUUUCUUUGUAUUUAUUUUGUCUAUACUGUGUUAAGCACUGGAAAUACAAAUACGAGUGAAAAGAAACAGUCCAGCUCUUCAGGAGCUAGUAAAGGAGGAAGGGAGGAAGAAUGAGAGAGACUCCAGAGGAGUGUAUCGUCAUGGGAAAUGACAUUGGCCUGGACAACCCCCUUAAAUCGAGAUUCUGGGAAGAUCUUCCAAUCAGAGGGGAAGAGGAUGCUUCCGAGGUGUGAGUUUCAGGGCUGAGAUGACCUUCCGGGAUGAGGAGGGGAUGGACACUCCCUUCACCUGCUCUCAAAGUCUUCCUCAAACCAUAAGCUUAGCUGGAAGGAGAGAGUGAAUUUCUGCCUUGGGAGCAUUUUGGUGGUGCGGAGCACGUUGGCAGCGACUUGUGAGACAGGGGCAGGAUGCACUUCUGCUGGGGCGACAACUCCUUCGGGCAGCUGGGCGUCAAGGCAGCGCGGAGGGGCAAGGCUGGGCAGGUGAGAUGCCAGCCGGGAGCCAGCCUAGGCAGCAGGGAUUUACUGCAGGCUGCUUGCGGGGAGCGCCACUCGCUGCUGCUGCUGUCCGACGGCACCGUCUGGUCCUGCGGGAGCAACGACUGUGGGCAGCUGGGCAGGAAGAACACUCGGAACUGUGAGUGGCCAGCACCAAUUCAGGCACUGAAAACUCAAGAAGUUGUUUUGGUCAGCUGUGGAAAAGAGCACUCCUUGGCCGUUUGCAAAACAGGAAGGGUCUUCUCGUGGGGAUCUGGUUCUGAAGGGCAGUUGGGCAUCAAAGAAUUUAAGAAACAAAAUUUUAUACCCAAGGAAAUUCUGGAUCUUUCCAGUGUCAAAAUAAUACAAGUUUCUUGUGGACUUUAUCAUUCCAUAGCAUUGGCACAAGAUGGCAAAGUAUUUUCAUGGGGAAAGAACCACUAUGGUCAGCUAGGCCUGAAGGAAAAUGUCUCCCUUCAAACCAGACCUCAAUGGGUGAAAUCGCUUAAUGGUAUUCCUAUGGCUCAGGUUGCAGCAGGAGGGGAUCACAGCUUUGCCCUCUCUCUCUCUGGUACUCCAUAUGGCUGGGGACGGAACAAUGUGGGCCAGCUGGCCCUCAGUGGCAAGAAUGCACCAGAGCAAAUCCACAAACCUUGUUCCAUUGAUGAACUGAAGAGUCUUCAUGUGACAUACAUCAGCUGUGGGGAUGAACAUACAGCUGUCCUCACCCAGGAUGGCAAAGUGUUCACAUUUGGAAGCAAUAACUCUGGACAGCUGGGACGUAGACAGGUUUCUAAGAAGAGGGGUCCUCAGACUGUGGAUUCAGCUCAUGUGUUUUCUCAAAUAGCCUGUGGAAGUCAUCACACUCUUGCAUAUGCCUAUACCACUGGCCAGGUGGUAUCCUUUGGUUGUGGGUCUCAAAGUCACCUGAACAGCCUUUUGCAACCAGGCAGCCUGGAACAGAACUUCAGUAUUAGCAAUCUGAUUUCUUUGAGUGACUUUGCAGAUGUUCAAGUGAAAGACAUAUUUGCAGGAGGAGAUGCCAAUUUUGUGACCGCUAUCCAGUCGAAGGAUGUUAGUUCUUCACAUUCCGCUAGGAGAAGCCUACCGCAAAUCAACCAGAUCAACCAAAUUCUGAUUAAGAAAUGGACCACAGUGGAAAUUGAAAGUGAAGAGUAUAAAGAGUCAGAAAGGGAAAUUUGUGAGAUAUUUUCAUAUCCUGCUUCUCUGACUGCCAGUUUUUUGAAGAAAAGACCUGAUGAUACUAUUCCUAUUAAUGUUGACUUACAAAUGGCAAGAAACGUCUUUGAGGAACUAAUGCAGAAGGACUGGAUUACAGACAUGAUAACUACAUGUCUCAAAGAUUAUAUGCUCAAGGUCCUUCCAUGGGAUUCUCCACAUCAGGAAGCUUUAUCAAUUUUCCUUCUACUCCCAGAAUGUCCUCUAAUGCAUAAACCUGAGAACUGGGAGUCUCUAGUGGUCCCAUUCGCGAAAGCUGUUUGUGAAAUUAAUGACCAGUCUUCAGAAGUCCUGGAGAAAUGUUGGGAAUCAUUGGAGGAAUCCUCUUUCAACUCAUUGAUUCAGAUGCUCAAAAGAUCCAUCUGCUUACAAAUGGAUUGUCAGCCUGGAAGGGUUAAGAACCAUUGCAAUAGCAAAGCUCUCCUUGGAAUGCUGAAAAAGCUUCACAGGGUAAACAAGAAGGCUAAAUAUAAAGUUCCGGAGAGUACAUUCUACAUCAGUGAACUCUUCAAUUGGUUCAAUGUUUUUGAAGACCUAGGAAGAUGGCAUCAUUCCAAAAUGUAUCCUGAAGCCAACAGUCUUGUCAUAUUUGCGCAUUUUCCUUUCAUCUUUAAUCUGUCUUCCAAAAUUAAAUUGUUGAAUGCAAAUUCACUUUUAAAUAAGCUGGUUGUGUCACCUUUAACUUCAUUUCAUGACUUUGAAAGUCUUAUGCUAAACCAACUAUGUGGAUUAGUCUUGAAAGCUGAGCUUCAUCUCCACGUUAGACGGAGUCACCUGGUAGAGGAUACCAUGUGUCAAUUAAGUCAAGUUGUGGGCAACGACCUUAAGAACGAAUUAUUGAUUUCAAUAAUUGGAGAAAGUUAUCCUGAAUGUGGAGGAGUCAGGAAAGAAUUUUUCCAUUGUGUGUUUAAGGAGAUGAUCCAACCAGAAUAUGAGAUGUUUGUGUAUUCUGAAAACUCUUCCCUAAUGUGGUUUCCUACCAAUCCUAAAUUCAACAAGAAAAGGUAUUUUCUCUUUGGAGUACUGUAUGGCCUCUCCAUAGCCAGUUUCAACGUAGCCAACCUUCCUUUUCCACUAGCUCUCUAUAAGAAACUUUUGGAUCAAAAACCCUCCCUGGAAGAUUUGCAAGAGCUGAGUCCUGAAUUGGGCAACAAUUUCAAGUUACUUCUGGAUGAAAAUGCUGAUAUAGAAGAAUUUGACAUACAUUUUUCUAUAUACUGGGAUAAAAAAGAUGUUGACCUAAUUCCAAAUGGAAGCUCCAUACUUGUGGACAAAACCAACAAGGAAGAUUUUGUUUCCAGAUGUAUUAAUUACAUCUUUAACACAUCUGUGAAAAAGAUUUAUAAGGAGUUCCAAACGGGAUUUUACAAAGUCUGUACAAAAGAGAUACUCAACUUAUUCCAUCCCGAGGAGCUUAAAGUAGUGACGACUGGAAACCCAGAUUAUGACUGGAAAGUUUUUGAAGAGAAUUCAAAAUAUUUCAAAGGAUAUGAUAAGUCACAUCCUACCAUUGUGAUGUUUUGGGAGGCUUUCCAUAGAUUGUCUCUGGAAAAGAAGAAAGACUUCCUCUUGUUUCUUACAGGAAGUGACAGACUUCAAGCCCAAGACAUACAGAAUAGGGGAAUAAAUUUUAUCCAUCCUGAAUCUGCGAGGGAAGAUGAACUUCCAAUAGUACAUACCUGUUUUCAUAAUCUAUACCUCCCACCAUAUUCUACGAUGGAAAGAGUGGAAGAAGUCCUUCAAAUAGCCAUCAAUAACAACAGAGGAUUUGCCCUUUAGCCAUCAUUCAAACCUUUGCCAAAAAAAAAAAAAAAAAGACAUUGGGACUGAAAAUGUACAAUAAAAU